AUGGCGGCUGUGAGCAACCAGGGUUCCCCAGCCAGCGAUCAGGCCGUGGCUUCCUUUCAUCCCGCUCGUUUUAUGCCUGUGAAGAUCAAUUCGGCGAUAGAUAUGUCUCCCGUGAGCGAAGACUCUGAUGAGGCAGAGGACGAGGAGAUGGUGGAGAUGCCGAAGCGCGCCUUCCCCGCCAAACCUGGGAUGCCUCUCUUUGGCGCGCUGCAUCAAAAGACCGAGGCCUUCCGCGACUUUGCGGCGCCGCGGCCAAAUCUGAAACGUUGGACGAUGCGGUUCAGCGACGAGGUUUACAAUGGUCAACUAUAUUCAGCUGGGGUUGAUAGCGGAUACCAUAGUUGA